CCAGCCACCGGGGGGAGAGCUGAUCCUUUCAGCCCAGCGCCCCACAUCACCCUGGUUUCUCUAUCAACGCCCUGUCUGGCCCGGCGCCCCACAUCACCCUGGUCCAUCUAUCAACACCCUGUCUGGCCCGGCGCCCCACAUCACCCUGGUCCCUCUAUCAACACCCUGUCUGGCCCUGCGCCCCACAUCACCCUGGUCUCUCUAUCAACACCCUGUCUGGCCCGGCGCCCCACGUCACCCUGGUCCCUCUAUCAACACCCUGUCUGGCCCGGCGCCCCACAUCACCCUGGUCCCUCUAUCAACACCCUGUCUGGCCCGGCGCCCCACGUCACCCUGGUCCCUCUAUCAACACCCUGUCUGGCCCUGCGCCCCACAUCACCCUGGUCCCUCUAUCAACACCCUGUCUGGCCCGGCGCCCCACAUCACCCUGGUCCCUCUAUCAACACCCUGUCUGGCCCGGCGCCCCACAUCACUCACCUCUAUCAACGACCUGUCUGGCCCUGCGCCCCACAUCACCCUGGUCCCUCUAUCAACACCCUGUCUGGCCCGGCGCCCCACAUCACCCUGGUCCCUCUAUCAACACCCUGUCUGGCCCGGCGCCCCACAUCACUCACCUCUAUCAACGACCUGUCUGGCCCUGCGCCCCACAUCACCCUGGUCCCUCUAUCAACACCCUGUCUGGCCCGGCGCCCCACAUCACCCUGGUCCCUCUAUCAACACCCUGUCUGGCCCGGCGCCCCACAUCACCCUGGUCCCUCUAUCAACGCCCUGUCUGGCCUGGCGCCCCACAUCACCCUGGUCCCUCUAUCAACACCCUGUCUGGCCCGGCGCCCCACAUCACCCUGGUCCCUCUAUCAACGCCCUGUCUGGCCUGGCGCCCCACAUCACCCUGGUCCCUCUAUCAACACCCUGUCUGGCCCGGCGCCCCACAUCACCCUGGUCCCUCUAUCAACACCCUGUCUGGCCUGGCGCCCCACAUCACCCUGGUCCCUCUAUCAACACCCUGUCUGGCCCGGCGCCCCACAUCACCCUGAUCCCUCAAUCAACGCCCUGUCUGGCCUGGCGCCCCACAUCACCCUGGUCCCUCUAUCAACACCCUGUCUGGCCUGGCGCCCCACAUCACCCUGGUCCCUCUAUCAACACCCUGUCUGGCCUGGCGCCCCACAUCACCCUGGUCCCUCUAUCAACACCCUGUCUGGCCCGGCGCCCCACAUCACCCUGAUCCCUCAAUCAACGCCCUGUCUGGCCUGGCGCCCCACAUCACCCUGGUCCCUCUAUCAACACCCUGUCUGGCCUGGCGCCCCACAUCACCCACCUCAAUCAACGCCCUGUCUGGCCUGGCGCCCCACAUCACCCUGGUCCCUCUAUCAACGCCCUGUCUGGCCUGGCGCCCCACAUCACCCUGGUCCCUCUAUCAACGCCCUGUCUGGCCUGGCGCCCCACAUCACUCACCUCUAUCAACGACCUGUCUGGCCCUGCGCCCCACAUCACCCUGGUCCCUCUAUCAACACCCUGUCUGGCCCGGCGCCCCACAUCACCCUGGUCCCUCUAUCAACGCCCUGUCUGGCCUGGCGCCCCACAUCACCCUGGUCCCUCUAUCAACACCCUGUCUGGCCCGGCGCCCCACAUCACCCUGGUCCCUCUAUCAACGCCCUGUCUGACCCGGCGCCCCACAUCACCCUGGUCCCUCUAUCAACGCCCUGUCUGGCCUGGCGCCCCACAUCACCCUGGUCCCUCUAUCAACACCCUGUCUGGCCCGGCGCCCCACAUCACCCUGGUCCCUCUAUCAACACCCUGUCUGGCCUGGCGCCCCACAUCACCCUGGUCCCUCUAUCAACACCCUGUCUGGCCCGGCGCCCCACAUCACCCUGGUCCCUCUAUCAACGCCCUGUCUGGCCUGGCGCCCCACAUCACCCUGGUCCCUCUAUCAACGCCCUGUCUGGCCUGGCGCCCCACAUCACCCUGGUCCCUCUAUCAACGCCCUGUCUGGCCUGGCGCCCCACAUCACCCACCUCUCUCAACACCCUGUCUGGCCUGGCGCCAUACCUGGUCAGUCCCCCCCCAGACCUGGUCGGUUCCCCCAGACCUGGUCAGUCCCCCAGACCUGGUCAGUCCUCCAGACCUGGUCAGUCCUCCAGACCUGGUCAGUCCUCCAGACCUGGUCAGUCCUCCAGACCUGGUCAGUCCUCAGUCCCCAGACCUGGUCAGUCCCCCCCAGACCUGGUCAGUCCCCCCCAGACCUGGUCAGUCCCUGGUCAGUCCCCUCCAGACCUGGUCAGUCCCCCCCAGACCCGGUCAGUCCCCAGACCUGGUCAGUCCUUAGACCUGGUCAGUCCCCCAGACCUGGUCAGUCCCCCAGACCUGGUCCGUCCCCAGACCUGGUCAGUCCCCCAGCAGGUCCUCCAGACCUGGUCAGUCCCCCAGACCUGGUCAGUCCCCCAGCAGGUCCUCCAGACCUGGUCAGUCCCCUCCAGACCUGGUCAGUCCCCCAGACCUGGUCAGUCCUCCAGACCUGGUCAGUCCCCCAGACCUGGUCAGUCCCCAGACCUGGUCAGUCCCCCAGCAGGUCCCCCAGACCUGGUCAGUCCCCCAGCAGGUCCUCCAGACCUGGUCAGUCCUCCAGACCUCAACCCUAUAGAGCAUAAUGGGAUGAUAUGGAACGGGCAGCAUGAAUGUACCACCAUACAAUCUGCAGCAACUGUGUGA